AUGGCUACCCCUCUCAAGGAACAGAGGGGCACGCCUUAUAGUCAUCACUGUCAGCAGUGUGGUAAAGAGUUAUCUUCUUUAUCAGAUUUAAAGAAGCAUAUGCGAGUUUACACAGGAGAGAAACCGUACAGCUGUAGACAGUGUGGUAUGGCCUUCUCUCAAGUAAAUACUCUAAGGAUCCAUCAGCGUAUCCACACUGGAGAGAAACCGUACAGCUGUGAGCAAUGUGGUUUGGCCUUCUCUCAAGCAAGUACUCUAAGGAUGCAUCAGCGUAUCCACACUGGAGAGAAACCGUACAGCUGUGAGAUCUGUGAGAAAGCUUUCACACAGUCAUUUGCAGUGAAGCGUCAUAUAUGCACUCACACUGGAGAGAAACCAUACAAAUGUGAGGACUGUGGUAAAAGUUUCAGUCGGUUGGGUAAAUUUAAGACUCACAGAAACAUCCACACCAGAGAAUUACUCUACCCUUGUCAGGAUUGUGGUAAAUUCUUUACUGAUCAAGGUGCUUUAAAGCAUCAUGAGCGUAUUCACACUGGAGAGAAGCGUUACAAGUGCAGAUACCGUGCAAAGAAGUUCUCAGCAGUAGGAUCAUGUAUAACCCAUGAGCGCACCCACACUGGAGAAAAACCAUACAGCUGUGACCAAUGUGGUAUGGCCUUCUCUCAAGUAGGUCAUCUAAGGAUCCAUCAACGACGCCACACUGGAGAGAAACCCUUCAGCUGUGACCACUGUGGGAAAACGUUCAGCAAUAAGGAAUGA